CUUGGUGAGUAUUGAUCAGUUUGCUUUCAUUCGGUAAAGAUGCCACUGCAAUUCCAGUCACUGCUGCUGAAGAAUUAAUAAACUUAGAUCACGAUAUGUGCUCUGCAACUUUGGGUCGAUGUCCUUUGUUCAGUUUUUUCAUUCAUAAAAUUAUGAUUUCUUCCAGAUUAGGAAGAAUUCAGUUUGUCUUUCUGAUUUCUGGACAGGAAUCCUCUUGCAUGAAAACUGUCUUGGCAAUUUUGCAUGAAAAUAUUCUACCUUCUGAGUGUGUUCAUCAGCCAUGUAGAUAUCUCUCUUCUCUCUCUUAAGUGAAGAAACUACUGCAGCUAACCAGGACUUGAUUCUGUGGCACCCUUUUUUUUUUUUUGGCCAUUUUUCUACGGCAGCCCGAAAGUUCCAUGCCCGUCUCUUUUGCCACACACAAUGGCUGAAAUAUCCUGAAAAAUGACUUUCCUUUCCUUUCUUUUCUUUUCCUUCUCCCGAAACUUGAAAAUAAUUCCUAUCAUAUCUUCACUCAUCAACAAAAAGUAAUUUGUGUCCUGUAAGGGAAAAUAUAAAAAAUGUGGGUCAGCUAUUGAGAGUUGAGGAGACCCUUUUUCUUUUAUGGCCCCUUAGAACUAUUGUCCAUUGUUAUAUCCAUACUUUUUCAUGUAAAAUUAGUGCAUUUCUUGAGCAUUUCUGCUCUCAGGAAAUAGGGUUCUUCAAUACAACUGAUAUCAUGAUUCAUGACACUGUUAUUGGCAACACCCUCUCCUCUUAUUAGUUCACUUUCGGAUUUCUCCAAGUUUUCAAAUUACCAAUUUCAUCAGUUUUUGAAUGAGACUAUAGUUCCUGGGACCAUGACAAACUCAUGAAUGAGGAAAGGCGUUUUCUGAGAACAACAACCUGCAGCCACCUCUUAAACUCGGCUUUAAGCAUGUUUUGAUCAUUCAACGACCAUUUGUUCCUACGAGAAGGAUUAUUACCAGCCUUUCUGAAACAACUAUGAAUGAGUUUGGUACUGAGAGAUCAAGGCCAUGGAACAUAUACACAAGUUCAGAUCCGAGUCCAUCUCAAGCAGUAGUCGAUAGGGAAACUCCCUGGAAAAGCUUCGGGGCGUCCAUGAAUGCCAUUUCUUUCGGCUUUGUUGCUACAGCCAUCUUGAUAUCAAUGUUUCUUAUCAUGGCUAUCUUUGAACACCUUUUUCGGCCGAAUCCUGGCUUUUCUUCACCUGAUCAAGUUACUGAGUCUGGAGAAGGAGCAGAGAAACUGGGGAAUCCACACAGAGUAUCGACAUCAUAUGCAUCUGAUUUCUCAGUAGUGAUGCCAGGAGAGCAAUACCCUACCUACAUUGCUCAACCUGCUCCCCUCCCUUGCUCAAGGGAAGGCAUCUAUUGGCCCUCCCAUGAACAUAAUUUUGUAUUUCCUUAAGCGUGUAGUCAUACAUCAAACUGAAAGCAUCAUCCUAUGUAUAUUUUAUCAACAAUCAACCUUCCUCCUUUCUGAUACUCCAUUAUCCAAUGAAAUAUUGUUAUCUUGAAGCCGGUCUGCCGAAGAAACUACUUUUGUGCAGGAUGUAGUACUUCAGCGGCUUAAUGAGGUCCAAAAUCGAUAGUCAGAUAAUGCCUCAACAAGUCUAUUUUUGAUUUGGCAAAUGACCAAUUCGAAAGGUCAAUAUUCCUAUGUUUUCCUCGAGUUCUUUGUUAAACUGAUUCUUUAGCAGUAAACCAUUAAGUUUAUGCUUGCAUGGAAGUCACUUCAACUGUCAAAAGAUUGUUUGUGACUGAAUUUGAGCUAUCAAAACUUUUGCAUUAACUUGUAUAGAAAAGAAAGCAAGU